UUAAACUGCCAUUCCUGUAGCGAACGUCAACGCCUCUAGUUCAUUGGCGAAAUUUUUCUGUGACUUUUACUAUAACCAACAUGGAAAGAAACAUUUUCCUACUGUCAGUCGGUGUUGUGUUGCUUGUUUUAAACAACCUGACACUUGCCGGUGAAUAUUGUCAGGAUCAGCACAAGGAUUGCGACAACAGCGUCGGCGGAAUAAAACCAAGAAAUUCGCAACAACUUUCCGAUCUGAGCACCGAUUUCGAAGUUGGGUCGCCAAAUUUCUGGACUGACGACUCCCCAUCGCAGACCGGAGUUCGAUGGAAGAUUGAGGACAUUAACUACUCGUGGGAAUUGGAGAAUCCGGCCCCUAAUCCUCCGGCCGGAAGAAAUUACAUGCGUGUCGAUCGCGGCGCCACAUUGUCGUUCGGCGUCGCAGUUUUGCGCAGUCCAACAUUUCAAAUUCCCGCUUCUAGCUACAAUGACAUUUCCAUAUCGUUCGACUUUUGGAUCCGAUCCAAAUGGCCCCAGUUCACUAAUCUCGAGCUGUAUCUAAAUGAAAACGGAAACGAGAGGCUGCUUGUCAGUUUAUGGAACUAUUCCGACAUCAACAAUCUAAAUUGGGUUACGUAUCCUGUCAGUUUCUUUCCACUCCGCAGCGGAUCUGAAUUCUCGUUGGCGUUUUACGCGUAUUGUGGCACGGACGUUGUGGAUGCUGUCGCCAUCGACAACAUCCGCUGGAUCGAUGCAUCGCCAACGACAACCAGCAGCACCGUGACGCAGUCGACAACACGAGAACAAACAACUGUUAAAAUAACAACAACUUCGACAGAAUCACCAACAACGCCGAUAGCAGUAUGCGGAGGCUCCUACAUAGCCACAGAGGAAAGCACACCUAUCUCAUCACCAAACUAUCCAAACUUUUACCCUUCUAAAGAAGUCUGCGAAUACAUCAUCACCACUCCCGACCCAAUUUGGAAAAUCAGAUUAGAAAUUGUCGAUUUUGAAAUGGAGGCUCAACACGACUGGCUAUAUGUAUACGAUGGAAUGCCAAAGGAAUCGCCUCAAUUGUUUUCAGCCACUGGUUACCCUGGUUUCGAGGCGCCUGACAAUAAUCUUACAGCUUCUCUUCCGUGUUACGUAAAUUCCAGCGGUCCCAUAAUCUCAAUUGUACACGAUUCCGAUUAUUCACCGCAAGGCUCACUGAAGGGAUGGUUAAUAAAUUUCGUAGAAUUUGUUGAUUAGACGUUCUGCAGACCACACACUAUUACUUACAUCUGCAGCCCUCGCUUUUCGCCCCAAAACUGAUGAAAAUUGGAAACGACGGCGGCAAUUUUGGAUUUUUCCCUCCCCCGUACCUCCAACGUUUGCCUUUGCAUCCCCCCUUUCGUAUUCUUUCAAACGGGAUAUUUGACUUCUACUCAAACUUUCUGUUAUUCAGUCGACCAUCAGCAACUCACAUAAAUAUAACACCAUAUCGACAGUUUUCUUUCAUCCAAGAAUUGAAUUACAUUUAGAAUGACAUCAAGUAUUAAACAAUCGUACGGGCCAGA